CCGCCCCUGCUCUCUACUCCCCUAGCGUGGCGGCGUUUGUCAUACACAACGUCCACCAGCCAGUCGCACACGCACUGUCGUCUUCCCUUAAUGUUCAUCUCGAUUGGAACAACGACGAGGAACCGGUGUCUCGCCAGCUUAUUAAUAAGUUCGAAUUCCAAAUGAAAUAAUUAAAAAUUUGAUCAAAAAUCAUAUAAAAUUGAAUUUGUAUUCCCUAUUAUUCUCAAAAGUUUCAUUACGCAUUUGUGGUGGCGGUAAAGUGACGUAACUUUAGUACAAAAUGUGUUUGAGCUACAAUAAAUUAAAAUUAAAAUUUUUUUUUACAAAAAUGUGUGUUUAAUCGUUCUUUUCGGGUCAUGAGGGCGGUCUAUGACCGUGGUACAGACAGACGCACAACAAAAUAUUGGUAAAUUGGUGAAGUAAUGAAGGGAAUAGUAUGGCAAUAAAUUUCUCAGCAUCUUUUGCAGCAUGUCUUGCGGCAGGUCUCAAAGUUCCACGCAAUUUUAUGUACUGUAUUGCCCAAGAGAACGGUGCUCCCUACGUUUUAUACAAUAAAGAUGGACACCAUCAACCAGGGCUAAAUGGAAGUACUAGCCAAUGGGGUCCAGGAUCUUCUCAAAAUGGGUAUCCGACUCUUGUAUCAUCUCAACAUGAAUCUAUUGAGCAAUCUAAUGAACAGGCAUCUCAAUCAACUAUUUCAUCACCUCUGCCAUCACCAUAUCCAACAGCCAACCAUUCAAUUCAAGGUUCUGGGACUGGAGGUGAUGAAGAGACACCUCAUGAAGAUAGUCCUUUAGAAACUAAUCGUUCUCAAUCAGGACAAUAUGGUUCAGGGGAUUCUUCAAGUUAUUAUUCUAGUGUAAGAGGUGGACCUCCUCACAUGCUUAGCCCGUCAAGUUUUAUGUCUUAUUUAAAACAACCUGGAGUAAUGUUGACUCCACUAAAUCCAGCUGAAGCAUCUGGUGACUUUCCUAAUAUGCCUGAUUUAUUGCAUCAACAACAAGAAAUGUCAGGAAAAAAAUGUUCAGAUAUGAGAAUGUUUAAAUGUCUUUCAUGUGGUAAAGAUUUUAAACAAAAAGCCACUCUUAUGCAACACGAACGUAUACAUACUGACUCUAGACCAUUUGUAUGUAGUGAUUGUGGGAAACGUUUUCGCCAGCAAUCUCACCUUACACAACAUGUGCGAAUACAUGCUAAUGAAAAACCAUUUGUAUGUAUCUACUGUGGCCGUACUUUUCGUCAACGAGCAAUUCUUAAUCAACAUUUACGCAUCCAUUCGGGUGAGAAACCGUACGGGUGUGGAGAUUGUGGCAAGGCAUUCCGUCAGAAAGCCAUCCUAAACCAGCAUGUCCGCACUCACCAAGACAUAGGUCCUCAUUUAGUUUAUAAAAAUGGUCAAUUAUGGCCACAAGAUGUACCAUUGCCUCAAUCUAAAAAUAUACAGUAUGAUUCAAAUGAUUCAUGUUAUUCUCCUGAAAAUGCACCUCAGUUCCCUGCUUAUUUCAAAGAUGCUAAAGGAGUUAUACAUGAAAUUUUUGGCCAAUCAGGUAAAAGUUUGCCAGAUGUAAUUCAACAUGGACGUAGUGCUGGAAUGCCUUUAUAUGUUCGCUGUCCAAUAUGUAACAAAGAGUUUAAACAAAAGUCUACUUUAUUACAGCAUGGUUGUAUUCAUAUAGAAUCCCGUCCUUAUCCUUGUGUUGAAUGUGGUAAAAGAUUUAGACAACAGUCUCAUCUCACUCAACAUUUACGUAUACAUACUAAUGAAAAACCAUUUACUUGUAUUUAUUGUGGAAGGAACUUUCGCCAACGUACAAUUCUAAACCAACAUUUGCGAAUACAUACUGGUGAAAAACCUUACAAGUGCUUACAAUGUGGUAAAGAUUUCAGGCAAAAAGCAAUUCUUGAUCAACAUACUAGAACUCAUCAAGGAGAACGACCAUUUUGUUGCCCAAUGCCUAAUUGCCGUAGACGUUUUGGUUCCGAACAAGAAGUUAAACGUCAUAUGGAUAGUCAUGUGAAUCCUCAUACUAAUAAAAGGAGAUCAGAUAUUAUAAAACCAGGCCGAUCUCCACAUCUGAACACAAUACUAAAUCAGCCAUCAGGAAUAGUCAAACCAGAAAUUUACUUUCCUCAAUGUUAUGCAUUGCAAUCGCCAUUUGCCAAUCAUCAUCAACAGAGUUUUGCAUCAUCUUCGCCAGUUAAUCAAAUUCCUCCCCCUCUACCAACUGAGUUUAAAGGUUCAACUUCUGUGGUAAAUACUGUUGAUUUCAGUGUUAAGUCUUCUACUACAAAUGUUUCAACUGCAGCACCCAUAGCAGUAGUGCAUUGAAUAUUAUAUUGUGAUAUUAAAAAUUGUUUGAAUUUAUAGCAAAAAAAAAAAGUUAUUUUUAUGUUUUAAAGUGCAGUUCAAUCCCAUAGAAUAUUAAGGUUAUAUAAUGUCUUAACUGACGGAUAAAUGUUACCAAAUACCAAGUUUAUUCUCUUACAAUUAUUAUAAUGGUAAAAUCUUGUUACCAAUAAAUUAAAUCAAUUAUGUUAUGUUAUAAUAAAAUGUAUAUAUUAUCACAAUAUAAUUCAAUUAAUCAUAAUGCAUUUUAUGCAUUACUUAUAAGUUUCUUAUAUUAUUUUUUGUUCCAAAAUUUUAUUUUCUUGUUAUUUACUGUAUUUUUUUUUUUUUUUAAAUAAUAUAUUAAAUAAUAGUUAACUAUAUGCAUCUUUAAAUUAACUUCAAAUUAAAUAAAUUAGUUCAUUAUUUAGAUUAAAAGUUAUACUACACUAUAAUUUAUCAUAAAUAAUUAAAAUUGGUUUACCUUCUUUUUACUCACACAAUGUCAUUCAUAUCAACUAGUAUAUAAUAUUAUUUAUUAUUUAAUACAAAAAUCUAGAUACUUAAAAAAUCAGUGAUGUUUAGCUAUAAUUUUUUAUUUACUGUUAAAUCAAAUUAUAAAAUUUUAAUUCUUAAAAUAUUUUCAAUACAGCAAUUGUGCUAUUUAAAAUAAUGAUCAAUUUAACUUUUUUUAUUUAUAUCUAAACAUAAAUAUUGAGCUCUAUACUGAAAAUGUACAUUUCUCACUAUAUCAUUAUUUUUAUUAUUCCCGAGUAAUUUUUAUAUUUUAUGUAUUGUAAAAAAUACUAUAAUAUGUAUGUUAUAAAAAUAUUAUUCUCAAUGAAUGCAUUGUAUAGUUAUAAGAACUAAAAUUAUUUAUUUUGUAUAUAAUUUAUGCUUCUGAAUAUACAGGAAGAAGCAAUCAUUAUAAGUCAAAACAUACAAAAUAGUUGAAUAGUGGAAACCUAUAGUUAUUUAUCUCUCUAAGAUGUAAUUCAAACAUAAAAAAAAUUUAUUUAUUUUUUUACCUAUCAAUUUUGUUAGCAAUAUAAAACUUUGUAUUAGUAUUAUGAACUAAAAAUUAAAAAUACUUAAUAAAAUAACUGUACUAUAAUCGUGUAAAAGAAACAAAUACUAUUAAAAACAAUGAUUUAUAUUA